CCCCGCCUCUUGGCCUGCCCACGUGGUUCCCCGACCCGGAAGUGCCGGCGCCCACGUGGUGGGCGAGGAAGAUGCCGGAGCCGGAGCUGAAAAUCAACGCGGGCUUCGCGGCCCGCUACGGGCGCUACCGGCGGCGGGAGGAGCUGCAGCGGCUGCAGGAUCGCUAUGGGGCCGACGCAGGGGCCGGUGAGGAGUCCAGCUCGGAAUCGGAGGAAAGUGGGGACGACGGGGAGCUGGACCCCCUGCAAGACAGAGAUUUCUAUCGCACUCUGGCCCUGCUGAAAACCAAGGAUCCCAGGAUCUACCAGAAAGACGCCACCUUCUACAGCCAAGCAGGUUCCUUGUCCGAAAGCGGGAGGGGGGCAGCAGCAGCUCCGAAGAGGAAGGAGAAACCCAUGUACCUGAAGGAUUACGAGAGAAAGGUGAUCCUGGAGAAGGAAGGCAAAUACGAGGAGGAUGAGGAGGACGAGGAAGCAGCAGCUGAAAGACAGAAGAGAGCCGCCUCCCAGAGCUACGUUGAGGAGCAGAAGCGAAUCAAGGAGAGCUUCCGGCCCUUCGUGGCAGACAGCGACGGGGAGGAGAGCGCGGGGGAAGGCAGCUCAGCCCUGCUGCAGAAACGGAUCAAGAGCACGGAGGAGAAGGCGCGUGAGGAGGAGGGCUAUGUCAGCUGGCUCAAAGGGCAGGAUUUGCCCCCGGACCAGCAGCUCGAGGACCUGGCCCCGCUGAAGGAGUAUUGGAGCGACCCCACGCUGGCCCCCGGGGAGCGCUUCCUCCGUGACUACAUCCUGAACAAGGGCUACAGGGAGGAGGACGAGGAGGAGGAGGAGGGAAGGCAAGUGAGGACUUAUCCCCGGACCAUCGCCAGCUCGGUGCGCAGGAAGGACGAGCGGCGCAAGGAGAAGCGUGAGGAGAUCAGGGAGAGGAAGAGGAAGGAGAAGGCCCAGAAGCAGGAGGAGUUGAAGCAGCUGAAGAACCUGAAGCGCCAGGAGAUCCUGGCCAAGCUGGAGAAGCUGCGGGAGGCGACGGGCAACGCGACCGUGGGCUUCGGGGAGCAGGAGCUGGAGGGGGCCUUCGACCCGGCCGAACACGACCGGCUCAUGCAGAAGUUCUUCGGGGCCGAGUAUUACGGGGAGGCGGAGGAGGAGAAGCCGCAGUUCGAGGAGGAGGAGGGCGUGGAUGACGGCUGGAACUGGGACAACUGGACCGGUCGGGACGCGGAGGGGGGCGAGUGGCCGGAGGAAGAGGGGAGCUACGAGCCGCACUGCGAGGACCCCAAUUUCGUUAUGGAUGCGGAUUACGACCCCCGCGUGCGGCCAGGCCCCCCCCGGAAGCGGCAGAAGGAGGCGCAGACGCUGCUGGGGAAGAGGAAGCGCAAGACGCGGUUCACGGAGGCCGUGGAGCGGAAGAAGCCCCCGUUCGACCCUGGGGCUGGCUCCUUCGAGCAGUACCUGGACGAGUAUUACCGGCUGGACUACGAGGACCUGAUCGGCGACCUGCCCUGUCGCUUCAAGUACCGCGCCGUGGUGCCCUGCGACUUCGGCCUCAGCACUGACGAGAUCCUGGCUGCUGACGACAAGGAGCUAAACCGAUGGUGCUCGCUGCGCAAAACCUGCAUGUACAGGUCGGAGAAGGAGGAGCUCCAGGACAAGGCCACCUAUACCCGCAAGGCCCAGAACACCGGCAAGAAGGAGCAGAUCCUCAAGUCCCUCUCAGCUGCCGCGGAGGAGGCCGGCGGGGCCGAGCGGCGGCCCAAGCUGGGGAAGAAGCACCAGGACAAGGCGAAGCGGCAGCAGCCGGAGCAGGAGCCGCCCGGCGCCGGCCUGGCUGAACACCAGGAGGAUGAGGGGCCCCCAGUGCCCACGGCAGGGGCCCUCAGCCCCACCCUGCAGCCUGGGGGCCCCGAGGGGAAGGCCUCCCCUGGGCCCCAGGACACGGCUCCCAAGGCAGGGCCGUGGCGGAAGCGGCGGGGGCGGAAGGGGCUGCUGCUGGGCGCCAAGGUGCGGGUGGGCGGGCGGGAGUUCAGCGGGCAGAGGCUCCAGGCCUACGGGCUCAACCCACGCCGCCUGCACUACCGCCAGCUCCAGCGCCACACCAGGAAGCGGCCAAUGCAACAGACUCAGCGGGCCCAGGCGCCCGGACGCCAGGGGCCUGUGGACAAAGCCGCCCGGGCCUGAGCACGGAGAGGAGCCAGGGGCUCGCGUGGGAGCUGGGGUCACUGUCUCUACCCCUUCCUGCCAGCUGCGGACAGAGGCGGCGCUGCUCGAAGGCCGGACGCCUGCCUGGGUCCUGUUCUGGCUCAGUGCCUCGGUUUCCCCUGCUGGAGCCGGGGCGCUGCCGGCUGGGGCUCAGUGUUUGGUUGCGGAGCGCGGAGCAGAGCCCCUUUCUCCUUCAGCCCUGCUGGGCGUCGUUCCCUUUUUUACAGAUUCCGAAAUAAACCUCGCCCCGGUGCUCCGGC